AUGGAUUCACCAGCAAUAUCAUUGUCAUCAUCAUUGUAUACAACCAUCAAAUCCGUAACACAUGAAAAUCAUUCAGCAAAACUUGAUGAUCAGGAAAAUAAAAAACUUGAAAAUUUUUGUUCAAAAAUUUUGAGCAACAAAAGUCGUUUACAAUCAGUAUCGAUUGAAACAUUUGAUGAGAGUAAUUGGCCGAAAAAACAUCGACAUAUUUUGACAGUCAUAUUAAAUAAUCGUCUAUAUCGAAUUCCAUUAGACAAUAUCGAAUAUACUACUAGAAAAAAUUUUCAUGUAGCUAAAUUGAAUCUAACAUUCGUCAAUGAUAAAAAAAUAGAUCCAAUGAUUCCUUAUGCAAUGUAUAAUUGGACACAAAUCGAACAAGCAUCAGUGAUUAUGAUUAGACAAUUGAAUGGACAUAAACCAAUGACAGAAAAAAGAUUUAAUGAAAAAAUUUUCGAUGAUCAUCUUCCUUUCGGUUUCAUCGAUAAUAAUCGAAUGUUACAUCUUUGGCUCCCAUGGCGCCAUUCGGUAGUAUUUAUUCCUUAUUUAAGCCAUUUAGACGAUUUGAUUCGUUUACCGAUGGCUGAAAUAUCGAUGCAUGAAUAUUUUCACAAUUGUCCACAAAAUAAACAUGAUUAUCUGAUGCCAUAUGAAAGUAAAAAAAAGGGGAUCUAUAUUCGAUUCAUGCCGUCGAUCAUAUUAGUCAUAUCAUUGCUCAUGAUAUUGAUUUUAUGUGGUGGAAAAGGAAAAAAUAAAGGGAAUAAAAAAAAGAAUAAUAAUAAAUCUCCCGUGCAAAUUGAACCAAUUGAAAGUGUACCAGAAUCGAAUGUAACGGAAACAAAUGAAACAGAACAAUUGAUCGAACAACAACAACAACAACAAAUCGAAACUGAUGUUGGCGUUGGAAGUGAGGCUGAAAAUAAACCUGUAACUGAGGCCGAGAACAUUGUGGAAAAUGAAGUUAAUCAGGAACAACAACAAGCUCUAGAUGUUCAACAGCAGCAGGAACAAAAGCAACCAGUAGAAUACGAUGAAAAAGAUAUUGAAAUUAAAAUGAAAAUGAUGGAAAAUCGAAUGAAAAUGGGAAAAGAAUUCGAUUUUGGUAAAGCGGCCAAACAUUUUGCAAAAAUAUUGGUUGGAAAAAAAUCACAAAUAAAAAGAAUAGGUUCAGGAAAAUCAAAUCGACCUGAUUUGUAUAAUAAUGAUCAAAUGAUGUUCAGUGAUUAUGAUGAACAGAAGCAACAACACGAUUCGAAAUUGAUAAAGUUCCAAUCACCAAGUAAAAAGAAAAAAACCUUGAACAGAAAAAGCAUUUCGGCAAAAAUGAUAAUGAAAAAGAAAAGAAAGUCAAUGCCAAAAGGAGGAGGUAUAUCAGCGAACAUGCGAUCUGAUUCGAUAAUCUCGGCUUAUUCAGAUCGAGCACAUACAUCGAAACUUUUUGGAUCACCCGUAAGUAAAUUACGUCCUGGAUAUAAAGAUACAACACGAAGAAGUUUUCUUGAAUGGUUUUUACCACCACAACGAUCACGUCGCCAUAUACCAUCGCCUAGAACAUCACCUAAACUAUCAUCAUAUAGAAAUAUUCCAAAACCAAAACAAAAAAAGCAAAAUCUUUCCGCACUAUCUACCAAAAUUCAUGAUUCAACAUCAUCACUGUCAUCGAUAAUCAGUCGAUCUACAUACUUACACACAACUAGAAAUGCAACGACAAAGAAAUCACCAAUGCGACGAUCAUCACAUAAAUUACAUCUUGGUUUCUCCGGUUUCGAAGUAGGGGUUGUUCCUAAAAAGCCUUACAAACGAUUACAUCAGAGUUCAGACAUGGAAAGUGUAGAAUAAAAAGAAAAAGUGAGAGAAGAACAAACAUCAUAAGCACAAAAAACACACCCAUAUCUAUAUUA